AUGGCGACGUUGAGCAGCCGUGGAAAUCGCCCAGAAGCAACUGAUAAACAAAAUAAAUCUCCUUUAGCCUCCCCGCAGAAAGUUCGAGAACUUCUGAACGAAGGUGUUGCGUCAGAGGAUAAUGUCUUUGUUUGUGGACAACCAGGUUCAAAUUCCUUGGCUCCAAAUGGUUUAGGCAAAGCCCCAUGUGAAGCAGCAAACAAAGAGGCAUUUUUCACAAGGGUGGAGUCAUAUUCAUGUUUGAAAUGGGCGGGAAAGCCCCGUGUUCUCUCUCCUUUAAGAUGUGCAAGGUUUGGCUGGAUUAAUGUGGACUCUGAUAUGCUAAAGUGCACAAGUUGCCAAGCUUUCCUUUGUGCAUCUAUUCAGCCAACACUCGAUUUCCAGAAAUAUGAGGCACGAGUUUCAGAAUUGACAAAGCAACUUCAGUCACAGCAUGAAAAGUUUUGCUCUUGGCCUGACUUCCCUUGUCCAGACCGGUUCUGGAUGGUUCCGGUUAAUGAGCCAGGGUUGCUGCUCACUUCCUUUCUGGAGCGUUUCAAGAGUGCUUGUAUGCUGGAGCAACAGCUGCCAGCCAUGAAGCCCGAGCAGCUCAAAGCCAUGACACUGACUGAGGAUGUGAUUAGUGUCCUACUCCAGCUGAUUGAGGACGAGCAGAAGAAACAGGGCAGCUUACCCUGUAAGGCAUCGUCCGAUCCACUUUCGGUCCAGGUGGCGGCCUGCAUUGUGGCCCUCUGUGGCUGGGCAGCAAGUCCUGCCCUGCACGCCAUGAACCUGCCCAUCCUUACCUGCUCCUACUGCAUGAGGAAGGUGGGUCUGUGGAACUUCCAUCAGAUGGAGGGUAUGAGUGGAGACCUGGACUGCUCCUCUCAGUCCCCACCCCCAACCCCAACAACAUCCCAGGAGCCCAGCCGCAGCGACAGGCAGACAUCCAGCUCCCCUUCGCAGUCACCAACGCCCUGUCGAAUGAAACUACGCAGCCAGGACUCCAUACGGUCAGAGCAGGAGGGCACUCCAUCACCUCUGAUGGCCCGCACUCGCAACAGAGACUCCCCCAGCCCUAGUGAGGAGAUCCCCAGCCCCUUUUCUCGAAUGAAGAGGCCCAUGACCAGAAGCCGAGGACAGGGAGAUGUCUUGGGGGUCGGGGAUGUGCCCUCCAGCCCCCAGAGAAAGUCUAAACGUCCACGACUGUCUUCCGCCAGCAGCCCUGAGGGCCCCAUGCACAGGAAUGUGUUUGACCCAGUGGCCCAGCACAGGGACUGGUGUCCCUGGGUGAGCGUGGGGCGGGAGGAGAGGAGCUUGGCUGGAUCACUGCGUGAAGGCUCAGAGGCUGAGCUGCCUCAACCUGGCUGGAGAGCUGCCCUCACCCUCUUUCUCUCCAUGAAGAGGAGCCUUAGUCCAAUCGGAGCCAGUCCCUCUCAGGGUCCUCAUGACAAGUCAAAGAAAGUGUUUACGAUAUUCCGUCAGUGGCAGGUAUCCUCUCCCUCGCAGUAGGUUCUCUCAGUGGGAUGUCAGCAAAAAACAGAAAGUCGUUUUUCAUCUGUGUGGUACGUUGUCCUCCUAAUACCAGCAGUGGUUUCUUAUCAGUGAUUUUCUCCACCAGACAGCUUGUUCACUGCGAUGAGGGUUAUCAGCGAGAGUGACAAAAAAAAAUUCACAUGGAUCACAUGGACCACAUGGAACAUUGGCUUUUGUCAAUCAGUUACAACUCUCCACACUUCGGGAGAUUUGUGGCCAUCCAGCGUGUAGCAUUUAUACACUUGAAAACCACAGUAAGACCUUACAUGUAUGGACAAUGUUGACUGGCCAGCAUCCUCUUACCUCAUCAGGACAGCGUGGGAAUCCUGUCUCUGCCUUUGUGAUCCUGUGUCAUAUCACGCAACCUAAAAUAAGGGAUGGUCGUUGAACACCGUCAGUAGGCAAACACUGGAAAACAUGCUUCAGUAAUACCACUCAAUGUAUUUCUGAAAGUAGUGAGGUCCAGGGAAUUGUAUGUUUACCUAAGGCAUGCCUUCAGUUGUGAGAAGGAUUUUUUUUUCCUUUUUUUUUUUUUUUGCAGUGUUAAAGAACUAGAUGUAGAAUGUCAAAUCCCAUUUUGUGAUGUGAUAAGGGAAAAACAGUGUGUUAGAUACGUUGUUAAAGUAUUGUCAGUGUUUUCAGAUACUCAACCCGUAAGAGGGUUUGUGAAGUGACAGACUAAGCAGAUGAACACACAUGUGCCAUAGAAACACUGAAUCUGUGGGUUGGUCUUGUUCAUUGCUUUGUCUGUGAACUGUUGCCUUUUUUUAGUCAAUGCAGUAACCUCUACCAUGCAUGUCCUUCUCAGCUGUUAGUCGUUUUAAUAAACUUGAUAACUUUGUUA